AUGCCUCUUGGCUGGGAAAGAAUCAACGUCAAGCAGUCUCAACCAAACAAGAAUGUCGUCUUCAUCAAACCUCUUCCUGGCCCAGACGAGAAGACGUCCAAAGACUUUCUCGAGAGGAUAGCUGCGCAAUGCGUUCCUAUUAUGAACAAGCAUCACCUGGCCGUGGUGUCUCUCGAGGAAUACGAACCAAAUCUAGAAUUCUGGGGACGUAAUUUCAACAACGGGGAGGUCAUCCAACUCGUUCUCAAGUCGCCGUCCACUGGCCACUGGCUUCCCUUCAAUUUCGUCCAGAUGGUCAUGAUGCACGAGUUAGCACACAACAAGCAGAUGAACCAUUCGAAAGCUUUCUGGGCUGUUAGAAACGACUUCGCAGCCGAGAUGAAGGGCCUAUGGUUGAAAACCUACACCGGAGAAGGUUUAUGGGGGAGAGGAGUGCUUCUGGAAAAUGGAGCUUUCGCUCGAGACACACUUGAAGAUGGAGAAGUCCUUCCCGAACAUAUGUGUGGAGGUACAUUCCGUUCGCGAGGUGGCAAAAAGCGGAAGGUUAAGCCUAAGAUCACGUAUAAGGAGGCGAAGGAGAGGAGAAUCAGGAAGAAGUUUGGCGCCAAUGGUAUUGCACUAGGUGCUGACGAAGAUAUCAAGACGAAGCUGGAGCAGGGCAAGAAACCUGCCGGCAAGCCGCGAGUUGCCGGUAGUGCGAGAGGAAGGGAGUUACGUGCCGCUGCUGCUUUGGCUAGAUUUGAGGUCAAAGAGGAGCCGCAAAUCAAAGAUGAAGAUCUUGUCACCGACAGUGAAGCGGAAAGCGACAACGAGGAUAAUGUGUACAUCAAGCCUGAGCCUGACGAUGCAAUUGAUAUCAACGGGAAGAGGCUCACUGAUACACAUGGUCGUGGAAUGGUCAAAGUCUGUGAGGACGAUGAUAAGAAUGACGUCGAUGCGAAGAGAGAGCUGCUCGAGUUGCAAAGUAUACCAGGUCACUUGCAGCAAUACUUCUCGAAGAAUGGUAUCAAUAAAGAAUCUCUUCCUACAACCUCCGAUACGUCUUCGUCAAACUCCAACCAUCAGCCAGAUCAGACACUGAAGCCGCAAAAGUCUUCUCAAGUCCCAGCAGCCAAACACAGAAAGGAGCCAUCUAAUGGAAAAGGACCUUCUCCAACUCCGAGAGCACCUCGCGGAGAUGAUUCUGUGUACCAAAGCCAACCAGUCGCCAAAGUAUCUUGCCCUGUCUGUUCAAUCGACAACGGACCCAAUGCGUUGACCUGUCUUGUCUGCGCGAAUGUUCUCAGGCCGGAAUUCGUGGCAAAUUCCUGGCAUUGCAAAAGCCAAACUUGCCAGGAGAGUAAGUAUGUCAACGCGGGAGACGUUGGCCUAUGUGGAGUCUGUGGUAUCAGAAAGUGA